AUGGCUUCUCUUCUACGGCCUCACCGUGUCCCGCGCCUCUGCGGCCGGGGCUACUCAACCGCUCCAACGCCUUCAACGCGUCUCAACCUCCCAAUCGACUACAAAUCCACGCCGCUGCUGCACCACUCCUCCUCCUCGCUCUCUAAUGCCUUCGAUCUCCCCCUGUCCAGCACGUCCAAGUCCAUGAACCUAUACCAGGCCAUAAAUGCCGCACUCCGAACCGCGUUAGUGAAAUCCAACAAGGUUAUGCUCUUCGGCGAGGACGUUGCCUUUGGCGGCGUCUUUCGAUGCUCCAUGGACCUUCAGACGGAGUUCGGCUCAGAGAGGGUAUUCAAUACACCAUUGACAGAACAGGGGAUUGUGGGAUUUGCGAUUGGUGCUGCGGCGGAGGGAAUGAAACCCGUUGCGGAAAUCCAGUUCGCAGACUAUGUCUUCCCCGCGUUUGACCAGAUCGUCAACGAGGCGGCUAAAUUUCGAUACCGCGAGGGAGCGACCGGGGGAAAUGUGGGCGGAAUGGUAGUUCGGAUGCCUUGCGGCGCUGUGGGACAUGGAGCUUUAUAUCAUUCACAAUCUCCAGAAGCGCUGUUUGCGCAUAUCCCCGGCGUCCAAGUUGUUGUGCCACGCUCACCAUCACAAGCCAAGGGUCUUUUGCUUUCUUCGAUUUUUGAAAGUGGAAACCCCGUUGUCUUCAUGGAGCCAAAGGUGCUCUACCGUGCCGCCGUCGAGCACGUCCCCAACGAAUACUACACAAUCCCUCUGAACAAGGCGGAGGUCGUGAAACCAGGUAAUGACGUUACAAUCGUCUCAUAUGGCCAGCCCCUGUACCUUUGCUCAGCAGCUAUUGCGGCCGCCGAAAAGGCUCUGGGCGCAAGCGUGGAGCUGAUCGACUUGCGGACAAUAUACCCAUGGGAUCGGCAAACAGUACUGGAUAGUGUGAGGAAGACGGGGAAGGCCAUUGUCGUACAUGAGAGUAUGAUAAACUAUGGUGUUGGUGCUGAAGUGGCGGCGACUAUCCAAGAAGGCGCUUUCUUGAGACUGGAGGCUCCAGUUAAGCGGGUGGCAGGAUGGAGCACACAUACCGGUCUCACGUACGAGAAACUGAUUCUCCCUGAUGUUGCGAGAAUCUACGACGCCAUCAAGCAGACACUUGAAUACUGA